AUGUCCCAAAGCUACAGAUCCACUAGAUCAUCUGAUCCAGCAACCAAGACAUUUGAAGAAGCCGUCAUCCAAGGUUUGGCUUCUGAUGGUGGUUUGUUUAUCCCAUCAGUUAUUCCACACGUCUCUUCAAGUGAUCUUUUUGAGAAAUGGUCUAAGCUAUCGUUUCAAGAGUUAGCUUAUGAGAUUAUGAAGCUCUAUGUUUCUAAUGAUGAAAUUCCAGAAGCGGACUUGAAGGAAUUGAUCAAAAGAUCAUACUCUACUUUCCGUUCUGAUGAAGUCACGCCAUUGGCUAAGAAUAUUACAGGUUCUGAUGAAAACUUACACAUUUUGGAACUAUUCCAUGGUCCUACUUACGCAUUCAAGGACGUUGCGUUGCAAUUUGUCGGUAACCUGUUCGAAUACUUCUUGCAAAGACACAACAAAGAUUUGCCAGAAGAUCAAAGAAAAAAAAUUACCGUCGUUGGUGCUACAUCCGGUGAUACUGGUUCUGCCGCAAUCUACGGUUUGAGAGGCAAGAAGGAUGUCGCUGUGUUCAUCUUGUAUCCAACAGGCAGAAUUUCUCCAAUCCAAGAAGAACAAAUGACCACCGUCACCGAUAAAAACGUGCAAACUUUGUCGGUUAAGGGUACCUUUGAUAAUUGUCAGGAUAUUGUCAAGGCUAUCUUCGGUGAUAAAGAUUUCAACUCUAAGCACAACGUAGGUGCAGUGAACUCCAUUAACUGGGCUAGAAUUUUGGCCCAAAUCACUUACUACUUCUACUCUUACUUCAAGGCUACCAACGGUAAAAAGGAGAAGGUCAAGUUCAUCGUGCCAUCUGGUAACUUUGGUGAUAUUCUAGCGGGUUACUACGCUAAGAAAAUGGGCCUUCCCGUCGAAAAGCUAGUCAUCUCCACAAACGAAAACGAUAUCUUGGAUAGAUUCUUGAAGAAUGGUGUUUACGAAAGAUCUGAUGAUGUCGCUGCUACACUUUCCCCAGCAAUGGACAUCUUAAUCUCUUCUAACUUCGAAAGAUUACUUUGGUACUUGGCAAGAGAGUACAUUGCCUCAGGUGAUGACUUGAAGGCUGGAGAAACCGUUAACAACUGGUUCCAGGAACUAAAAACCGAGGGCAAAUUUAACGUUCCUAAGGACUUGAUCGAAGGUGCUAAGAAAGACUUCGAUUCCGUACGUGUUAGCAAUGCAGAAACUAUCUCUGCUAUUAAGGAUGUAUAUCAAACCUCAGUGAAUCCAAAGCAUUAUAUUAUAGAUCCACACACUGCCGUUGGUGUUUUCGCAGCAAAGAAACAAAUUGCUAACGAUAACGACAAGACUAUACAUUACAUCUCUCUUUCAACUGCCCAUCCAGCUAAAUUUGCUGAUGCAGUGAAUGAAGCUUUGUCUUCUUUUGAUGAUUACAGCUUCGACAGAGAUGUACUACCAGCGGAACUAAAAAAGUUGUCCACUUUAGAGAAAAAGAUCAAGCUCGUGGAAAAGGCUGACGUUGAACUCGUAAAGAAGGUCAUCGACGAAGAGUUGGUGAAAAUGAAUAUUUAG